CUCGUCCCCUGUAAAAUGGUCGAGCCCUUGGUUAUAAUACUCGGAGCCCCCUCUCGCUUUUUCUCAUUCUCUCCGAAUCGAUCAAAAAAAAUCGCCCAAAUUUACCCAAAAAGCCCCCGAAAAAUAUCGUUAUCGAGGAGAUGGCGGAAUCGAAGUCCAGUUUGAGGAAACCGAUCUUUACUAAAGUCGAUCAACUUCGUCCCGGGACUAAAGGGCACACGCUCACCGUAAAAGUGGUGGAUUCGAAGAUGAUCAUGCAGAAAGGGCGAUCGGAUGGGCCCCAGGCUCGGCAGAUGCGAAUUGCCGAAUGCUUGGUCGGGGAUGAAACUGGGAUGAUCGUCUUCACUGCUCGGAACGAGCAAGUGGACUUGAUGAAACCCGGGACAACCGUAACCCUGAGGAAUGCAAAGAUCGACAUGUUUAAGGGCUCGAUGCGUCUUGCCGUGGACAAAUGGGGCCGUGUGGAAGUCAGCGAUCCCGCUGAUUUUACCGUGAAAGAGGACAACAACCUUUCAUUAAUCGAAUACGAGCUGGUCAGCGUCAUCGAAGAGUGACCAGGUCUUUUUUAAGAAAAACACUAGCGAAAUAACUCCCGAAAGCAAUUAUCCUAUCAGGCUUGAUUAAGUUGGUUCUUGUUUACUUUGGAUGCCGCGGAAAGUCGUUUUCCUGCUCUUCCGAGCAGCUUUUACUUGCAAGGCUUUUUCAGAUAAGCACUUUUUAGGAAUGGGAAAUGUGGUACGAUUGCGAGAAGCUACCAGUUGGUUGGAGUCGGCUUGACGCGGUAGGAGCCGAAUGCCAAGCUCAUUGGUAAUUUGAAUCUUUACAGUCUAUUAAAGUCGCACUUAUUAGUAUGUUCUUGGAUGUUUAAUUUAAAGUAACCGGAAAUGUCUCUACUUGUGUUUGGAUCGCGAGUUUAUGAAACUUAAUAUUAUGUCAAUAAAGUACUCUUUUCUCCUCAAAGAA